UCCAGUUCCUUACUUGCUACGCAUCAGAUCAGCCUUAUAACCUAAACAUCACUGGGCUGAAGUGUUAGACAGUGUAUGUGGUGUUGAAAAGACCGUUGUCGUUCUAAAUUGAAUUUGAGUGGAAUAUUAAAAUUUUUAUCUAAAAAAGCAGACAUUUUUGUUGAAUCCGCUUUAUUCGAGCGGAUUCUAGAUUCAAUAACUGAAAGUGUCAAGCUGUAAGAAUCAAAAUGUUUGGACAGGCAGGCAAUUCAUCGUUUGGCUUUAAUGCUACACCCACAGCACCAGCCAAUCCAUUUGGUCAAUCUGCUUUUGGAAAAUCUAAUCCCGCUCCAACAUUUGGAACGAAUACUGCUCCAGUUUUUGGAAGCAACACAUCAUUGUUUAAUCAAAAACCUGCAAGUGCCCCUACAGGUGGACUUUUUGGAAGUACAACCACUACACCAAAUUUUGGAACUAGCACUUCUACUCAAUCUACAUUUGGAGGUUUUGGUAGCGCAAACACAACAGCACCUUUAUUCGGAUCUCAGCAAAAUGCUAGUACCAAUUUGUUUGGAUCUACCACAGCUGCUCCAGCUUUUGGCCAAGCUCAAAAGACGACUAGUUUUGGAUUUGGCCAGACUCAAUCAACAGGUUUGUUUGGGCAAACUCAGCAAACAGCUCAAGCUACACCUUUUGGACAAACAGCUGCUGCUCCAACUACUGGAUUAUUUGGAGCCAAUACAAGUUUUGGAGCUGCUAGUACUAGUAAUAUGAGCAAUAUGACAGGAACAGUUGUUAAAUUUAAUCCUGUAACUGGCAGUGAUUCGAUGGUGAAAAACGGCACUACUCAAACCAUUUCUACAAGACAUCACUGCAUUACUUGCAUGAAAGAAUAUGAGAAUAAAUCCUUGGAAGAAUUGCGAUUGGAGGAUUAUGCUGCUGGAAGGAAAGGAGGUGGACAAGGGAUGCAGCCAGGCUCAAUGUUUGGUGGUGCUGCUCAAACAUCACCAUUUGGAGCAGCAGUUAGUACUGCUUCUACUGGGUUUGGUGGAAUGUCUAAUGCAUUUAGCAGCACAGCUCAACAAAACAAUACAAGUCUUUUUUCUAAACCUAUGACUUCAUUUGGUGCACCAGCGGCUACGACAUCUAGUACUUUUGCUUUUAAUCCCACCACUUCUUCUUCUUUAUUUAAUACUCAAGCUAAACCAUUUGGAACUGCAGCUGGAACUUCUCUCUUUGGUGAUAAUAAUCAAGCUGCAACAACUACAAAUGCUUUCGGUGCUAUCGGCACUCAAAGUACAGCAUUUCCAAGUUUUUCUAAUACUCAACAAAAUCAAAGUAUUGGUUUAUUUUCACAAAAUAAACCAGCUUUCAAUACACCGGCAACAUCAACAACAAGUUUUGGUUUUGGACAAACUCCUACAGCAAAUACUUCUGGUGGCUUGUUUGCUAAACCAUUGGGUACAACUGGAUUUGGUACGACAGGUUUUGGCACUACCAAUAACAAUUUCCAAGUUGGAAAUACAGGCUUUGGAACAAAUCAAAAUAAUUCUUCACUCUUCAACAAUUCAUUCAAACCAGCUGGACAAACUACUGGUUUUUCAUUUGGUAAUACAUCAACAGCACCUACAACAGGAUUAGGUGCUACAAGUGCACCGUUAUUCAAUGCCACAACUAAACCAAGUCUGUUUAGUAACACUGGGGGAUUGUCAAGUUUCAGUACACCUGGCCUUGGAACUCUUGGAUCAUUUGGAUCAAAUACUAACGCCGCUCCAAUGGCUAAUUCAAAUUUAUUUGGAAAUAGCGUUACCAAUGCCAAUGUGCAGUCUGCUACGGGUACAGUACCUGUACAUCAGCGUAUUUUAGCAUUAGUUUCAACACCAUUUGGUGAUUCCCCACUUUUGAAAAAUUUGCUCCCUGCAUCAGGUAAAAGUGAGCGAUUUUUAACUCAGCCACCUACAAAUACAAGUACUCCUCCAAAACCAGGCUCGCUUGCAGCAUAUUACAAAAUUAAUACAGGCAAUAAUGAAAAUAAACCUAAACUUAAAGUAGUAACGUCUACAGCAUCUACCAAGAAACAAUUCUUUGAAGGAUUAGAAGAAGAGGAUCCAAUGCUUGAAGCAUUCCAGCCCAGACCGAAUUCCAAAAGAUUGAUUUUACGUCCAAAACCACAAAAUUUUGAUGAUACAGCUAAUAAUUCUAAUAAUGCUAAUAAAUUAACUACAACAGACAAUGAGCCGUGCAACUUAAGCUUAACUGAUGCUGCAAUAUCACCAGCAUUGGAUAAAGAGAACGAUAUGCAGGAUAAUCCAGCUUCUGGUAGACGUUUAUCUACAUCUUGGUUGAAAUCUCUUCCCCGAAAAUCAUUCGUUCCAGAUGAUCAAAUUCAAGAGGCUUCUUUUUCAGUCACAUGCGAAUCACCAAGGAAUACUGGUGAGUUAGAAAAUACUGUCACAGAACUGAGAGCACCAACGUCAUCUAAAUCUGAUGCCGAUGUAUUAAACGACUCUAAUAGAAGCGACAAACAAUCAGAUGCCCUUAAAGAUAAAAGUGUGCUAGAACUAACGCGUGAUGAUAGUCGAGCUCUGUCAGACUUGGAAGAGGCUACAAUGAGUCACCAGCUGGAUACUCCAAACAAAGCCAAAGUCAAAUUGCAACGUUACGGUUAUUAUACAAUUCCAGCUCUGGAUCAAUUGUAUAAGUACGUAAGUGGAGAAACGUGCAUCGUGCCUAAUUUUACAAUUGGUCGAAAAGGCUAUGGCAACGUUUACUUCGCCGAUUCGUUCGACGUUUACGGUUUGAAUUUGGACGAGAUCGUUCACUUUAGACACAAAGAAGUUAUCAUUUAUCCCGACGACGACGUGAAACCUCCAGUUGGACAAGGUUUGAAUCGUAAGGCUCAAGUAACGUUAGAACGAGUAUGGCCACACGAUAAAUCGACUCAUGAACCGAUUACUGAUCCCCAACGUCUACAAGAUAUGGACUAUGAAGGUCGAUUGCGGCGAGUAUCGGCGAAGCAUGAUACCCGGUUUUUGGAGUACCGGCCCGAGACCGGUUCUUGGGUCUUCAAAGUUGAUCAUUUUUCGAAGUACGGUCUAAGCGAUUCUGACGAUGAAGAUGCCGAUCCUAAAGCUGUAAGUAAAGCCAACCUUAUUAAUAAACUCAAGCAGCCUCUUGCUCAACACCAGCAGCAACAUCAGCAGCAAAAACCUUAUGAAGUUGGAAAAAAUUUAUCAGAUCAAUAUUCUGUUCAAGAUAUGCAGUUUGCACAGUCUGUAGAGCACCUGACGUCCCUCGGUAAUAAAUUCAUGACAACUUACAAUUUGCAAAGCAACGAUAGCGCGAAUAAAAUGGAGGAAAGCAACAACUUGACAUACUGUAGUCCGAGUACCAUCAAUGCUUGUCUGGCUGGCACUGAACCUCAUACUCUGCAGCUCAUGAAAGCUAGCUUUUUUGAUAUGGCUGAUGACUUUAUUGAAGAUGCGCUUUACGAAUCGAAACAACAGAUCAGUCAGAAUUUCAGAACAAAGCUAUCCUCUGCUAUUGAUGUUCAACCAUCGGAUCAGCGGGAAAGUAAUCUUCACAGCUUCAUAGAGUCAAAGAAGAUAGCCCAAUUAAAAAGUAAAGUCAUGCCAGGUAAUGAUAAAGUACCUUUGUUAACUCCUAAGAUAAAAGUGUCCAAGGCUUUAGUAAAUCCUACUCUGCAACCUAAAGUAGCCAUGAUGAAAUUUCGAUCUGCUGCCAAGCUUUUUAAUUCUUCCAUUGUCAGCAACUAUGAUUACAAAAGGAUGAUUGAAGGCUAUAUUCCAAGAAUGAAAAUAGCACGGUCAAGUUGGGGGCCUCAAUCAAAUCUUUUAACCGCUGCUUCAACUAAAUACUUGCAAAUGGGAUCUAAUAUUCCAAUGAAAAAUGCUGUAUUUAUGAACGAAGUGCAAAUGACUAAUGCUAUUUGCGGCGAUAGCGUAGAAUUAGAUCAGUUACAAAUUUUCAAGGUAAGCAUCGAAGAUCAUUUGAAGAUUCAUUUGAAAUAUUCAACUAUUGAAGAUCAUCCAAUAUGCCCAAUGUCCAAGGGAAUGAAUUAUGAAUCUAGCUUGGAGGCUCUAAAGGAUCAUAAAAAUAGUUCUUUGAAGAUAAUCAAUGAAUUACCAGAAGAUUUUUUGCUACAGUAUAGUAGCAAUAUUUGGAGACUUUGCGAGACCCUGUGGGGUAGAAUCGAAGAUUCAAAAACUCGGGAGGACGAAACAAGCCAUGAAAUGAUCAUUCAGCGAAAAGAAGCACUUGGAGAGUGGCUGAAGCUUGUCUCGGCCGACACCGUGAAAAAGGAAAUCGCUUUGAUUGAAUCGAGCGAAGAAAUAGUUUACUCCUUGUUGAGCACAUGCAACUUAGAAAAAGCUUGCAAUAAAGCUAUGUCUGUCGGAGAUCAUUGUCUUGCCCUUUUGAUAUCGCAGAUGGGUGGAGCUGACACAGUUGGUAAAUUACUGAAGCAGCAAAUCAACCUUUGGCAGCAGACUGAGUGCGACAAAAAUAUCUCAACUUACAGAUUGAGGUUGUUUAUGUUGAUCGCAGGUAUUCCAACAUUAACAGUAGAUGAUCAAAGCAUCAGUGUGUGUGAUAAUUUGGACUGGAAGCGUGCAUUCGCUAUUCACUUGUGGUUCCUGUCGUCACCUACAGCUUCCAUUACCGAUGUUUUGACACUUUUUGAAGAAUCAUUCUCAGAUUCGGCCAUGAACAACUACUCUGCUAGUCCGUUACCCGAUUAUCAGAAAGAUUUCGAGACAAGCAAUGGCAAAGUCAUUUACGACUUGUGUUUCCACUUGUUGAAGCUCUACAGUUCCAGAAACUAUCCCUUAGAACCUUUAGUAAAUCCUCAAACGUUUACACAAGAUCCUUUAGAUUACAGAUUAACUUGGCUGCUGCAACAAGUUUUGAUGGCUAUUGGAUACACUCACCUGUCGGAGCAUGUAGUGGUUCAAACUCAUUCGAAUUUUGCUGCUCAACUGGAAGCUUAUGAUCUUUGGCAUUGGUCUAUUUUCGUCAACAUGCACGUCAAAGAUCCUCAUAAGAGAUUCAAGAUUAUUUUCGAUCUGCUGCUUCGUCACGUUCAGUUAAAUGCAGAUACCGAUUACAUGAAGCGCGAAGAAUUUCUGUUGGAAAAUUUAAAGAUUCCUGCUGAGUGGAUAAACAAAGCUAAGGCUAUAAAAGCUUCUUCAAUGAAGAGAUGGGGUGAAGCUGCUUACUAUUACAUCAAAGCUCAGGACUGGAACGAAGCUCACGUAAUCAUAAUGCAGCAUCUUGCUACAAUCGCUAUUAUAAACGAAGAUCAUGUCUACUUGCGAUCGUUAUUAAAUCUGCUCACACCUUCUCAUUGUCACAAUACCAUCAGUGGUUGGACGUAUCAAGGACAGCUUUUGUGGGAUUAUUUAACUGUUACGGACGAGAUUAAAAAUCUCUUGAACUCCCAGGAUCACUCAGAUAUCGCUUACAAACUUGAAAAGCUGCGACCGAAGAUCAGCUCAUUCUGCACGAAAAUUUGCAAUUUUCCCUGCCCAACUUUAAAGCACAGACUGUGCCAAGCUGAAAUGGCGAAAAGAACGUUGCAGCUUGUCCGAGGCUUGAUUAUACUGCAAUCAGACAAUCGAAAUUCUGACAGUUUACUGGUCGACUUGAUAUCGCAGUUACCUCUUCCGGAAGAUUAUGUUCAGCAAGAGUUACGACCCAUAGUUAACAUUUGUAUUAAUGAUAUUGUUUUACAUUAAUUAUGUAUAGUGUUAUUUUGCUCAAUUUUGUCUGUCAAUGGUUAGGACGAUGACAUCUACUGAAGAUGCUUAAAUUAUACUUGUACUUUAGGAAAAAAUUAAAAAAGUUGUCGCUGACAUUAAUUAUUUGAAUAAUAAUAUAUUUUUAAAAAAAGUAAUAAAGCUUCGUACAUCCAUUUAUUUGUAUAUGAAGGAAGUAAAAACAAAAAAAAUAAUGCAAGCUUUGAGUCAGCAUAUAAGAAAGCUACAGGAAACCCGGAAUCCAGCCUAGAAUUCGAAUUUUUAAACAAAUUUUCAAAAACCUCUACUGAAUAUUUCUCUAGAAAGCUGUAUGACAACCUUUAUUCGAUGUUAUUAAGGUUCCCAUAGAGCUUUUUAGAGUAUUUUAGUAGAUUUUUAGUAGAAGUUUUUGGGCGCUUGUUUGAACGUUUGAAUUUUGAGGCUGGGUUUUGGAUCCUUUCUACGAUUAAGCAUAUGUGUAAAUAGUAUCUUAUUAUUAAUUAUUUAUUUGUAUCUUGUAAAAAGGCAAUUUUAAGCCUGUUGAAUUUUUUUAAUAAAGAAAAUAAACUUCA